AUGAAACGAAGACAACAAAUUAAAAUGUUUUGGCAUCGGUUACACAGAGAAGAUAGCAAAUUGAAGAUAUUAAUGUUAGAUAUUGAUGACGAAGAUUUUAUGGAAAAUUUGAAUGAUUGUUUAGAAGCAUUGCAGUCUAACGUUCAUCCAAUUUUGAUUCCAUCCGGAAGUUCAGGUUCGUAUUUUGUUCGAAAUUUACAAGGCCGACACAUUGGUGUAUUCAAACCAAAAGAUGAAGAACCAUUUGCGGAAAAUAAUCCAAAAUGGCCGAAAUUCUUACAACGAUUUCUCUGUUUUUGCUGUUACGGACGUUCAUGCUUGAUACCACUCAAUGGUUAUCUAUCUGAAGCAGCUGCUUCACUAGUUGAUGAACGAUUACAGCUAUACAUUGUACCAAAAACUCGUGUUGUCAAAAUGGCAUCUCCGACAUUCUUUUAUCCUCGACGAUGUUGCUCAGCAUCAGAAAUAUAUCCAAAAAUUGGAAGUUAUCAACUUUUUGUUCAUGGUUACAAACCUGCGUAUGAUGUGGUACCUGGUUGGGAGCUUACUGGUACAAAUGAUCCACUCACAUCUCUUGAACGGAAGCGUUUUCUUGUUUUAUUUCAAAAAAUGUGUGUGUUGGAUUAUGUAAUUCGGAAUACUGAUCGGACCAUGGAUAAUUGGUUGAUACGAUAUGCUCCAGAUGAAACACUUGAUAUUGCAGCUAUAGAUCACGGUUUAGCAUUUCCUGUUAAACAUCCGGAAACGGCAACAGUCUUGAGACCAUUUGUAUACGGUUGGGCAAAUAUGGAUAGCACACGAGAGCCUUGGGAUGAACAGUUGCGUGAUCGUUUGCUAUCUUUACUUACGCCAAUGUUCGUUCAUCGUUUAUGUGCGGAAAUCAUGAAGCUCUUUAUGAUCGACACUACCAAUAAUAGAUUUCUAAUAAGAAACCAAUUGAAAGUAUUCAGGGGACAGCUGUGGAAUUUACGUCUUGCAUUACUGGAAAAUGAAUCACCACUAAAAAUGAUUCAACGACCACUUGUUAUCGUUACUAAACGAUAUCGUAAAUAUCCGACAUCCGAUAUUUGGGAAGAAUGUUUUAAAGCUAAAACUCCAGACUAUUCGGGGAGACGCUGCUGUUAG